AUGCUGUGCCUAGCUCGGGCGCUACUGUGGAGUUUGCUAUGGAGCCUUCUGCCAGCAGAGGAUGGCCUGGAAUUCCCUGAAGAGGAGGGGGUGCUGGUCUUAACUGAGAAGAAUUUCGAAGUGGCCAUCAAGAGCCACCCAUACAUCCUGGUGCAGUUCUUUGCUCCCUGGUGUGGGCACUGUAAGCAGUUCGCGCCGGAGUACGCGGGCGCGGCACGGCAGCUCAAGCAGACGAACCAGCCGAUCCGCCUGGCGAAGGUUAUGGACCUUGCCAGUCGGACUGGUGCGCCAGUUGCUUCGCAUGUGGACCUGCAGGGCAUCCCGAAAAUUAGCGGGCAACCCAUGUAG